UUGGGGGCCGCAAGCGAGUUGGCAUCCCCAGCUGUGCAUAUAUACAAAAUUCAUUGAUUUUGUCAACGUAAAACACACAGCGGAUAGCAGGGCAGCGAAGCAAAAACAGCGACCAUAAGGCCAGAGUGAAGUUAACUGAAUUAGAAACGCUGGAGCUGCAAGUGCACGGCUGCAAUGCUAACCGAUUGAGUCCAAGCGUAGGCAAGUGGCCGCCAAUCAGAACGCUGCUCCCAAUCAGAAGUGGCAGAAGAGGGGGCCCAGAGCGAGCGAAAAAUACGGAUACACGGGGAAAGGAAAGGCGAACGCGAGGCGAAAAGAAAAUAGGAGAGAAAAACGAAAAAGCGGCGGCGGGGGCAGGAGAGCGACCGGACGAUGCAAUAGGAGUGGUGCGCGGGGGAAAAUGACCACCAGCUCUGUGCCAGCGACGACGGACUAACGGAGACGACCGCAACGGCCGUAAAAUGCCCCGGAAUGCCACUUGCAGGACAAGUGGAGGUUGCGUAGCGAACGGCAACGGUAAUCAGGAUGAGGAGGGAGAAGCAAACAAUAACAACAGCAGCAGCGGUGAUGCAGGAGGAGGCGGCGGCGAGGGCAUCGUCAAGCAGGAACUGGAAGCGGCACCGCCGGUAUGCCACCGCAAGUCGGAGCGGCGGAGAGUGGCGCGGGAUAUCUUUCUGGUGUUCGAGGAGCAGUCGACGCGGCGACGCGGCAAAGGAGCGCGCGGCAAGAACACGCGGGCCAAGCAAAAGUUCGGACAUCUCAAGGUGGCCAAUACGCCGCGGAUCAGCAAGAGUGUGUUGCGCGAGAUCAAGACGGAACCAAAGUGUAGCGCGGGCCCGGAGCUGCCGCCCCCUGAGCCACCAGCGGCAGUUGCUCUUCCUGCCGCACCAACUGUCACUCCCGCUCCCAUUACCGCUUCCAGUCCCGCUCCUGUGAAUCCCAUAAUGCCGCCAGUGCCGCGUACGGCUGCCGUAAAACUCGAAACCAAAACAGCCGCGACGACGGUCACUGCAUCCAAUGUGGUGGCGCCCCGGAGAGUCAGUCCAAAGCCCAAGGCUCCACGCGCAGUGGAGGAGGAAGAGGAGGAGAAGCAGGUGCCAGCAGCUACUGCCCCGCGGCCACUCACCACACCCAUACCUACUGAAACUCCCACUAAUCCCAGUUCCAAGCCCUCUCCCAGUAGUAAUGGCUCUGCAGUUGCAACGCCCAGCGUCAAUCCCAUCUUCCUCUGGGUCAAGCAGGACGACACCCGCAUCGUGGAGGUGCGCUGCGAGGACUACGACAAGCGGAACCGCAUUCGUCUGACCAAGACCACAAAUGGCUGGCGUUCCAUGCCGCGAACCGAUGCUUCCUCCACGCGGAUAGUUAAAUUCUUCCACGGCUCCGCCGCACCCUUGAUGAAGGUCAAGCGCGAGCAACACCAGCACCAGCGCCACGGGGACGACGAACAAGAGGAGGAGGCACAGCACCUGGAGGAGGCACAGCACCUGGAGCUGGUGACCCAACAGGAGCACGAACACGAGGUGGAGCAGGAACCUGAGCACCAGCCACAGUUGCCUGUCAUUGCUCAGAAUCUGCUGCAGGACUGGGAGGACAGCGUCACCCAGCUGCCGGACGAGAUCGAAGACGAGGAGCCGGAAGAGGAGGAGGCUGAGGAGCUGCAGCUGGAUGCGGACCAUGCGGAUCAGGUGAAUGGUCACCUGAUCGAGAAUGUGGUAGUGCUGCCAUCUGGCCAGCAGGCCUGUCCAUCAGGGACGCCCUGCUUUGACGGACUUUUGGACAGCGAGGAGACUAAUGCCUCGACCAAGGCCACAAAGACCAACACGCCCACAUAUCAAAGCUCCACGCCCUCGCCGCUGGAACUGCAGCUAUGCCCCAAGACCGGUCUGUUCCUACCCAAGGGUGAUAUUGCCCUGAUCCAGGUCCCUGACGACGACGCCAUUCCGGCUGAGCACGGGGAGGAGGAGGAUAAACCGCUGCCCAUAGCGAUCCAUGAUUCCGCGGAGAGUCUCGAUGCGAAUACCAAGAAUCUAAAGGAUCUACUUGACGAUGCCGAUGAUCUUCUGCAGAACUGCAGCAGUGAUCACGGGAGCAGUGGGGCGGAUUUGCUGGACUCCCUGGUGAAGCGCAGCUGCGAGGAUAACCUCGUCCAGGAGACCAGCAGCAGCGGGUGCAAUAAUCCGCAGAACACCUCCACCUCCUCCACCGGCGACGAACUGAGUUCCUUCUGCGUGCCCGAUCUCGGCAAGGAUCUACCCAGCAUCCUCAACAUGGACAAUGACGACGACGCGCCCAAGUGCCUGUCAUUUAAUGAGGCUGGCGAAAUCGAGGGCCUGAACGGAGAGCUCUUCCUAGGAAUCGAGGCAUUCGAGAAACAGCAGGAGGCGGUGGCCGCCGAGCCAGAACCACAGCCACCCACUCCAGCCACUGUUGAGAUGACGCAAACCCCAACGCCCAUGACUCCCACGCCAGAAAAGGAAAAGGACAAAGCCAGUGGAGUGGACGAGACGCCGAAGGACCUGAGCUACAAGAAGCGCGAAGAGGUGUGUCCGCCCUCCGAGUCGCGCAGCCAGUGCGCAGUGACCUCCAGCUCGGAUAUACUCAAGUCCCCGGAACGGGACCUGCAGCUGCAGGCCAACUCCAUCCCGGCCGAGGUGGAGACCACCUCGGAAACCAUUAAAAAUCUCAUCCUGGAGCAGUUCCUCAAGCUGAACAAUAGCAAUAACAAUCCGCAGCAGGCGGAGCCCAUGGAUCUCGGCAAGGCAGGACGCGAAGGCAAACUGGAGACAGUAGUGAUUGACGACGAGGAGGAGGAAGAAGAGUCGAGUCAGCCGCUCAAGAAGCGUCCGAAAGCCAGCAUCAAGAUGGACAAGGAUCCGGAUGCCCUUACCCAACUGAAGAUGCUGAUUAGUAACCCGCAGUGGAAGGUCCCAGACCCAAUACUCGUGCCAAAGGAUCGCCUCGGAGCCGUGCUGGCCUCUCCAGCCCGUGAGAUUCCCCUGCUGCUGACCACCAGGCCGGAGUUGCGUCUUCCGGAGGCCUUUGCCUAUCCGGAGAUAAUUCAGAAUCCCAACAUUCUCGUGGUGACCAUGGAGCAGCUAGAGGCCAUACUCAAAACUGAGGCGGAGCAAGCGGCAAAAGUGACAAAGGAGCCAGAUCCAGUGAUUGUGGUGCCUUGCAGCAAGGCGAGGAGUCCCAGCCCGAAGCAAUCUCAGGCCAAACCCGUGCCGGCUCAACCCAAGCCCACAGCAGUGGCUCCUGUGGUCCCCACUCCGCCCUCGCCAGCGGCGGAUUCCAGUCUUUCCACGGAUCUGAAUGCCACUACGCUGGCGCUACUCCAGCAGAUGCUGUGGCUGCCAUACUUUGGCCAACUGUCGCAGGAGUUCUUCAAAAACAUCAAGGAUCCGCUGGGGCUGCAAAGGAAGUUCAUGAGCAAUCUGCUGCCGCUGUACAACAGCCAGUUCGGAUUGCAGCAUCUGGACGAACUGUACAAGCAGUGCAUGAAACAGAAGCCGCCAGAGGAGCAGCAGCCCAAGGUGCCCACUCCCGCUCCUUCAGCGGCGGUAGCUCAUGCUCCACCUCCUUCAAGUGCAGCCAGUGGCGCCACCACUGCCUUCAACGGGUUCACCAAUCCUGUGGAGCUGGCUCUCAUGCAGAAGCUGUUGCAGCCGCAGUUGCCGCAGUUCCUUAAUUGGGAGGCUUCCAAGGAGGCAUCAUCCUCAUCUUCCGCUGCAUCCUCGCAUCAUCAUCAAGAGCACAAGCGUCCCAGGAGGGAGCCGGAAACGGAAACCAUUAGCAACUUCACCAAAUCAAAGGUGGCGUCAGGUGACACGAGUGUAGCUGCUGCUGCCGCUCCUGCGCCCGCCGCCGUGCCUGCUCCAGCACCCGCUGCCGCUCCACCGCCAGCUCCGGCAGAGCACAAACCCAGACUGACCAUUAAAUCCCUCUCGAAUCUGCUGGAACCGGAAGCGAAUGUGGUGUCCCUGCUCAACGUGCCCUUUGACGGUAUGCGAGGGCGUUCCUCGAUGCACAAAACGGCUCCGGAUCAGGGCAAGGAAACGGUAACCGGCGGACGCACACUUCGGUCCAGCAAGGCAUGCGUUACCUACAAUCCCCUAGAGCAGGCCAAGCAGUUGCAGCAGCACUCGUCCGUCGGCUCCCAGCAGCAGCGAAAGCGUGGCAAUAUGCUCGCCCAGGAUCACCAGCAGCAGCAGCAACAGCAGCAUCUCGCCGAAGCGGCGGCCGCCGGUGCAGCCGGAUUGGAUGCCAACUCGGCGCUGUGGCAUCCUCUCUUUGGAAGCAAUCCCAAACAGGGCUACAAUAGCCCCUGGCAGUGGACCACAGUGACGGCCACUGGCGAAUGACAGUCAAGCCGGGCUCAUAAGGAGCCACCAUCACCUGCAGCGGGAUCAAGGACAACGGCCAGCUACGAGGAGCAGCAACAGCAGCAGCAGCAGCACCAUGAGUAUAGCAACUACCAUACCGUGGCCAAGCAGCAACAACAUCAGCAACAGCAAUCACAACUUCCAGCAGCCAACAAUCAAAAUCACAGCAACAAUAGUAGCAACAAGUUUUGUUAUCCCACGGCGGCGGCCAUGGAGAAUAUGUUCCAGAGCAAUCAGAUGGCGGCCGCCGCCGCCGCACGCGAAUCGCUUCUCAAUUCGUAUUUGUAUCAGAAGGAGAGCGAUGCUAGCAACAACUACAUGUCGGCGGAGCAGGGCUACUGGCAGCAACAUCAACAGCAGCACCAGCAGCAGCACCAGCAGCA